UGCAGACUCGACCGGCAGCGUUACUACACGCUUCCGUCCGACAAAAAGAACAAUCGCAGUUUUUUAAUAUUAAUUUAUUUUAUGAAAGUGACGUAUUUAAAAAAAAGUGUCAAUUAAAUUUAAAAGAAGUAACGAAGAGUAACUUGAAUAUGUAUGAAGUUCACAAAUAACUGGUACCAGAAAUGACGUACAACGAAUCAAUGUUUAACGUUAGAAACUGAAAAUGUAUAUAACAUUCACACCCUGUCCAUGACGAGAUAUGAGAUUUGUCGCGCGCCAAUAUGGCUAACGCGACCGACGCUUUCUGUGUGCCCGGUGCUACGGAAUUCAAUAAAGCUUACAGCCGAUUGCACGGAUAUAUCGCAAUUGUGAUAUGUAUCAUUGGAUCAGCCACGAACUCCAUCAACAUCGCAGUGCUGAGUCGCAGGGAAAUGAUAAGCUCCACAAAUUCCAUACUGACAGGUCUUGCGGUCGCCGACCUCCUUGUGAUGCUCGAGUACAUACCAUACGCUCUCCAUAUGAAUAUUAAAAUAGGCCCCGAAGUUAAUAAGAACACAUACGCUUGGACUGUCUUCGUUUACUUCCAUUCGAUAUUUAGUCAAACAUUUCAUACUAUAUCGAUCUGGUUGGCCGUGACGCUUGCAGUAUGGCGGUACAUUGCAAUCGCAUUUCCUCAGAAGAACAGGACGUGGUGCAGCAAACAAAACACCACAAUCGCUAUCGUUAGCGCUUACGUCAUAUGUCCCUUCCUUUGUCUUCCAAUUUAUUUUGCAAUGAAUAUAUCGCAGAAUGAAGUGACCCCUCAGAACAACUCCCAGUUUGCCGAAGACUUAUCAUUGCCACAUAAUAGAACAGUGUACGUGUUAGAAAUGUCAAAGAACAAGGAAUUAGUUACCGCAAUAAUGUGGAUAUAUAGUGUUAUAUUAAAACUAGUCCCGAGCAUAGCUUUAUCUAUAUUAAGUACGUGCUUAAUCUCUAAAUUAACUACCACAGAGAGAAGAAGACAGAAGCUUCUUAAGAGAUCUAUAGUUGGACCAAAUGAUAGUGAGAAGCAGUGCUUGGCAGAGGAUCCAAGCGCAGCGCGGCGCUCGAGUCGUACAGACCGCACGACGCGUAUGUUGCUGGCUGUGCUGGGCCUCUUCCUGUCCACUGAGGUCCCACAGGGUCUCCUAGGCCUCGCCAGCGCCCUUGCACCAGACUUCUUCAAAAGCUGCUAUAGUAUGUUUGGUGAUCUAAUGGACGUGCUGGCGCUGUUCACGUCGUCCGUAAAUUUCGUGUUGUACUGCAGCAUGAGUCGCCAAUUCCGAUGUACGUUCGCUCGCCUAGCGCGUCGCAUGCUGUCCGCGCCUGAGGAACCCCCUAAAUCAUCAAACAAACACGAGCCUACCACACAGGUCACAGGGCCACUUUAGCGACAGAUGCCCGCCCUUAUUAGGGUGGUGGAGGAGAGCGUUAUUUAGUGUCAAGAUUUACAAUCAACGAAAACAAGAAUAUCUUAAAAUUUUGGUUAGGUAGUUAUCAAACGAAAAUGUACAUACUGUAUAUAUAUACCUUGACACUGUAAAUAACUACA